AUGGUGCACCUCACCGCGAUCCCUCAUGCCAAUGGCAAAGGGCCCUCCAAGACCACGGCCUCCCGUAAGCUCGUCGACACCACCAAGAGCUUGUUGCAGCUCUCCACCGAUGCCGACGACUAUUCCACCAGCGUCUACGGCUCCCGCUUCGCCGCCGAAGACCUGCCGAGGAACGAGAUUCCCGAGGGCCAGAUGCCUCCCAAUGUCGCCUACCGCAUGAUCAAGGAUGAUCUCAGCCUCGACAACAACCCCAAGCUCAAGUCAGCUCUUCCUUGA